AUGGACAACGAUUGGAGCUCCACGGGCUUCAUCCCCUAUCUCAUGGCUCUGGAUGCCGGCUGGGAAGUCUUGGGCAUUACAUCCUGCACCGCAGAUUCAUGGCAACACCAAGUCGCACUGCACGCACUAGCGACGCUCUCACUCGGGAACCUCACAUCCUGUAUCCCCGUAAUCCCAGGCUCCACCUUCCCCCUCAUCAACACGCCGACGCGCUUCCAAGCCUGGGAGGCCGUCCAUGGCAAACUUCCAUGGGAGGGGGCUUUUGCCCCGUACAACGCUACCCUGGAAGCAGCGGGGAGCGAUCCCACGUCUGGGGAUGAUCCGUUUAGGGUUGUCAAGGGGGCGUUUGUGGAGGGUUUCCCGAGUAAUGCUUCGAUUGCGGGGUUGAAGAGUGGGAAGAGUGCGAGUGCGUUUAUGAUUGAGAUGGUGCAUAAAUACCCGGACGCCGCUGGCUCCCUAACCAACAUCGCACUCGCGGUCCGCAGCAGCGACAACUUCGCCUCUCUCGCCAAAGAGCUCAUAAUAAUGGGCGGCUACAUCGACUCCAACCUGGCGCAAGUAAGCGGCAGCGUUCUGCAAGCCGAUCUCAGCUCCGACAUCAACCUAAUCAUCGACCCCGAAGCCGCCAAAAUAGCCCUCACCGCGAAUUUCCCCAAAAUAACCAUUGCGGGAAAUGUAGCGAAUCAGGUGAUGAGCACGCAGGGAUUUUUGGAUGAGGUGGCUGAGGUGAGUGGUGCGUAUGCGGAUUUGGUUUCGGAGCAUUACGGGACGGAGUUUCCGUUUUGGGAUGAGACGGCUGCGGGGAUUAUGGUUGAUGGGGGGAUUGUGAGGAAUAGUAGUUCUUUCUACAUCGACGUAGACACAUCCUACGGCUCACCCUCCUACGGCAAUAUCCACGCCUAUCAAGCCGCUCUGAUGCCCCCCGGAUUACGCAAAGUCGAGUAUAUCACUCAGAUAGACGGGGAUGCGCUCUUGAAGAAGAUUAAGAGAUCCGUACAGUAUCCGAGGGAUUGUUCGAGUAUGGGGAAAUAG